AUGGCUCCAGUACUGAGCAUGAUCACCUCUCUGGGGGCACGAUCGACGCUCGUCCCGCGGGCGCCCCAAACGGGCGGUUACGACUACGAACCUGGUGCGGGUGUGAUUAACCCACACGACAUCAACAACACUGUCUUCUUCGUCCUGUUCGGGGCUAUCUGUGUGGCCUUUAUCAUCGGCGGCAUUUGGUUCUUCUUCUGGGCCAAGAAUGGUGGGUUCCAGUUCAAGGAAGGCGACUGGGAUGAAUACAAAUCGACUGUACUACGGCGGCGAGGCCCCAACGGCACAAUCAUCUCGGGAGCAACGGCACCUACCAACCUCGGAGGUGGAAGUGUGUACAAGGACAUUGUCGACGACGACGGCACGACGGUCAUCACAGAGAGCACGAACUUAUCCGGCAUCACGGCGGGAGCGCGAUCGCAAAAGGAGAAGUCGGAGAAGAAGACCGAGAGGCACGUGGACGCCGAGGGCGUCGUGGUGGACGAGCAGGCCGAGAAGCAGGCGGAGGACGAGCUCCGCAAGUACCGUCACGAGCGACCUGCGCGAGUAGGCGGUCUCAACAAGGAGAGCGACGGCUCGCAGUGGGAUGGCUCGACGAUUCCGUCGGAGAGCACCGUAGUGUCAAGCCUCAUCAGCAACCGUCAAGCUACCCCUACCAACUCACCACAGAAGCCGGCCGGCGGCAUCCGCAAGGUCUACUCCACAGCAGACCGUACGGCGGAGCGCGAAAGGGAGCGGGAGCGGGAGCGUGUCCGGGCAGAAGCUCGCCGACUGCAAGACCGUGGAAGGCAGGCCAUUAUGGAGGGCGAGCCGAGCACCAACAGACGCAGCCGAAGAGACUUUAGCUACCAGCGAGCAGCGGAAAGUGAGAUUGCCGAGUCGGCGGUGACGAGGAGCAGUCGCCGAAGCGAGCGUACGGAGAGGACGGAGCGCAGCGAGAGGUCCGAGAGGUCUGAGAGGACCGAGCGAACGGAGCGGACAGAGCGGACAGGCCGGUCUAUGCCAGGCAGCUGGGCGGCGAGCGAUUUGGACAGCGACUUGGGGACCAAGAGCUAUCACCACCCUAUCCCCGAAUUGAGGAGCCAGUCGAGCGCAGCACCGCCGCCGAGCAGACACCGGGCGAGCGACAACCGGAGGUCGAGGAGUGGAUAUAGGCGGGCGAGAAACGAGGAUUAUACCGAGGACGGGCACUAA